UAGAAAGCGAAACGUCCUUGAGCUGAGCGGUGGAGGAGUCCCUUCCUGUCCCUUAGGAUGUAUGCAGUUCAAGUAGAACCUUACUGAGUUUGCGGGGAAGCGGGGCGUGUUAGAACGAAACUCGGUGUUGUGAAUGUACCAACUUCAAGUGGUUCUUCUUCCCUGCUUCCAUGUCUGUAGGGACUUUAUUGUCAGAACAUAUCGGUUCGCCUUCAUAGGUGUGUACACGCUCUUAGGUCCGUUGUAAAGCAGGAUUUUUCCGCCUACUACAGGAUGGGAAAAUACGAUGGUCAGUCGUAGAGGAGGAAUUCGUUGUUCCUAGGAAAAGUGAUUCGGCAGCCUUGGCCAUCGUACUUUUGUUGGUGUUUGUAACAGAGUUAGGGAGGAGUGUAGCUGACUGUCCUACCAAAACUUAAUUUUGUCGCACGUCAGCAAGAGAGACUAGGGAUGUAACCAACAAUAGGAAUUCGCUACCGGUUUGUGAAUGGUGCUCUUCGUUUUUAGGUUUUAGGUGUUGUUGUUGUUGUUUGGGUGGUGGUGGUGUUUGCUUGCUUGUUUUUGGUUUGUUUUGUUUUUGAGACAGGGUUUUUUUUUGUGUAGUCCUGGCUGUCCUGGAACUAGCUCUGUAGAACAGACUGGCCUCGAAAUCACAAAAGAUACACCAGAUUCUGGCUCUUGAGUGCUGGGAUUAAAGGCGUGUGUUAACCACCGCUGCUUCCAAGGAUGGUGCUCUCCUAAAGAGAAAUCAGAAAUUUUCCAGGGAAAACUGUACUUUCCUGCUGUCUAAUCCCGACCAAUUUUUGCUGAGUAGGGAAAGUAUUUUUUGUCAGCCACCUACAUAGAGUACAUGUACACUACAUAGGGCAGAUGGAAGCCAAGUUCAAUUUGUAUGGGGAGGGGCAGGUAUCCUUUUCUGAAAUGCCUGCAGCCACAUAUGUUAAGCUGUUUUUUUUUCUUUCCUUCGGAUUUUGGAAUACUGUAGACUGUGCAGGUUGAUCAUCCCAGUCUAAACUCCAGACUGCUCCUAAAUGUGCAAGUUUCAGGCCCCAGUGUGACCUGGGUGUGAGAAGUGAGAGUUACACAGAUCCUCUAUUACCAUUUAAAUUUUUUAAAUUUCAUUUUUACUGAGUAUGUGAGUGAAUAUAUGUGUGUGCAGAUAUUCAUGUGUGUUUGUGUACCUGUGUGUGUGCAUGCAUGUGGAGGCCAAGGUUGAUAUCAGGUGUCCUCCUUAUUUACUGUCCACCCUAUUUUUUGAGACAGACUCUGACUGAAUCUGGAGUUCACCCAUUCUUCCAGUCUGGCUAUCUAACAAGCCCAGAAAUCCUCCUGUCUCUGCCACCCUAGUGAUGGGAUUACAGAUGCAUACUAUGAGCCAAACUUAAUAUGGGUUCUGGGGAUUGAACUCUAGUCCUCAUGAUGAUAUGGCAAGCAUUUUACCUGCUGAAUCAUCUCCCCAGCCCCACUUGUUAUCUUUAUGGUAAAAAGUGGUUUGAAUUGAUAGCUCUCUUCAGGAGGUCAAAGAUGGCUUCCUCAAGGCAACACUGCAGUUUGGGAAGAGUGCUUAAAAGACAGAAGGUAAAAAGGACAAGAGUCCUGUUUAACUAACUAGCUUAAUGAGGAAGCCAUAUCAACCAUUGUAGAAAAGAGAAAAUACCUUUUGUGUUUAGCAAAAUAAAUUUUCAUGUUACAUUCCCUGGCAGAUUGCUAUGUAGACCCUUCUGAAACCGACUUUGGCAGUUUUGAUCUGUUGUCUUUAACUUGAUUUUUUUUCAGCUCUGCUAAAAGCCACUCUUCCCCUCUCUAGGUCAGCACUCUUUCAAAGCAGCACCCCCAAAUACAGGGAAACACACAAGUCCCCUGAGGCCUAGAGGGAGAUGUGUCCAAGUGUGUACAUGCAUAUAGAGGCAAGAGGUCACUUCUGUAUCAUUCCACGGGAGCUGUCCACCUUGUUUUAUGAAAUAGUCUCAUUGGGACCUGGAACAGCAAGCUCCAGGGAUCCUCCUGUCUCCACUUCCAUUGGGAUUCUAAGCAGUACCAUCAUGACUAGCCUUUCCCAGCAUAAAGAUGCCUACCAAGUGAUACUGGAUGGCGUGAAAGGCGGCACCAAGGAGAAGCGAUUAGCAGCUCAGUUUAUUCCAAAAUUCUUUAAGCAUUUUCCAGAACUGGCUGAUUCUGCAAUCAAUGCACAGUUAGACCUCUGUGAGGAUGAAGAUGUGUCAAUACGACGCCAAGCAAUUAAAGAACUGCCUCAGUUUGCAACAGGAGAAAAUCUUCCAAGAGUAGCAGAUAUACUGACCCAGCUUCUGCAGACAGAUGACUCUGCAGAAUUUAAUUUGGUGAACAAUGCGCUAUUAAGUAUAUUUAAGAUGGAUGCAAAAGGAACAUUAGGUGGCUUAUUUAGCCAGAUUCUUCAAGGAGAAGACAUUGUUAGAGAAAGAGCAAUUAAAUUCCUGUCCACAAAACUCAAGACACUCCCAGAUGAAGUGUUAACUAAGGAAGUUGAGGAACUCAUACUCACUGAAUCCAAAAAGGUCCUGGAAGAUGUGACUGGUGAAGAAUUUGUUCUAUUCAUGAAGAUACUGUCUGGGUUAAAAAGCUUACAGACAGUGAGUGGAAGACAGCAGCUAGUAGAGCUGGUGGCGGAACAGGCUGACCUGGAGCAGACCUUCAGCCCCUCAGACCCUGACUGUGUGGACAGGCUCCUGCAGUGCACACGGCAGGCCGUGCCGCUCUUCUCUAAAAAUGUCCAUUCUACAAGGUUUGUGACAUAUUUCUGUGAGCAAGUUCUCCCUAAUCUCAGUACCCUGACUACCCCAGUGGAGGGUCUUGAUAUACAGUUGGAGGUAUUAAAAUUGUUGGCAGAGAUGAGUUCAUUUUGUGGUGACAUGGAAAAACUAGAAACAAAUUUAAGAAAACUCUUUGAUAAGUUACUGGAGUAUAUGCCUCUCCCUCCAGAAGAAGCAGAAAAUGGAGAGAACGCUGGUAAUGAAGAGCCCAAGCUGCAGUUCAGUUAUGUGGAAUGUCUAUUGUACAGUUUUCACCAGUUGGGCCGAAAACUUCCAGAUUUCUUAACAGCCAAAUUGAAUGCAGAAAAGCUCAAAGAUUUCAAAAUCAGGUUGCAAUACUUUGCACGGGGCCUUCAGGUUUAUAUCAGACAACUCCGAUUGGCUCUCCAGGGUAAAACAGGCGAGGCCUUAAAAACCGAGGAGAACAAGAUAAAAGUUGUUGCAUUGAAAAUAACAAAUAAUAUCAAUGUUUUAAUCAAGGAUCUCUUCCACAUUCCUCCUUCUUAUAAGAGCACAGUAACAUUGUCCUGGAAACCUGUACAGAAAGUCGAGAUUGGGCAAAAGAGAGCCAGUGAAGACACAAGUUCAGGUUCACCACCCAAGAAAUCUCCAGGAGGACCAAAAAGGGAUGCCCGACAGAUUUAUAAUCCUCCUAGUGGGAAAUACAGCAGCAAUUUGGGCAACUUUAAUUAUGGUGAGCGUUUUCGUUUGGGUACAAGCAGUCCAAGAGAUUAGGUAGAAAGUGAGCAGAGAGGAGCCUUCAGGGGAAGUAGAGGAGGCCGAGGCUGGGGAACACGAGGAAAUCGUAGUCGAGGAAGACUCUACUGAGUACGACAUCACAUUCUUCAGCAUUGUCAUGAGCUUAAUAUUCUUAAAUCUACUACUCAUUGGAUUGCCGGGGAUGUCCCUUUAAAAAAGACUGCUGCCUUCAGCUGAAAACUAAUGUUCUUUCUACCUUUGUAUGUAUGAUCUACUUUUGUAACAGACCAUGGUUGUGUCCAAGGUAAAACCACAACAAUAUUUUUGGAUGCUUUGUCUGCAGCCUUGACAUGUUUUCGCAAUAUCCUCAUUAUCAGACUUCAUCUUGUGAAUCUUGCUUUUAAACAUCUUGAUAAUUUGUUAUUGAGAACUGAGUCUAAUGGAAAUUUCAGUCUAGUUCAAGGUCUGGUAAAGUUCUUCACUUUUGAAAGAUUACUUAUUUUCCUCCCCAUUCUGUUAGUUUUUUGCCCAAUAUAUGGAGAAGAGUAAUAAUCAGUCUUAACCUUUUGCAUUCACUGAUCUCUAAUGAAGCUGCUAGGCACUGUUGUAGCAUUCAUUCCUACUAAGACUCAGAAGUUAAACACCAGCUUCUUACAGUGUACAAGUGACAUUAGGUUUUUAGGAGGCAGUAAGUGCUUUGCAUUGCUUCCUUCACUCUUCUCCAUUUUUGGGGAUAUAGCUUUUGAACACAGGGUCUUAUUAUUUGAAUGGGAGUACAUGUGCAUAAUAUACAUACAAACAUAAGCAUAUGUUGUGUGUAUAUAUGCAUGCUAUGGAACUUGAGUGUACAACAAAUCAAUAUUUUAAAUUCUAGGAAUGGGUCAUCUGACAUAGUGAUUAUCCUUUUGAGGCUAAAUCCACUAUUGAUUUGGUAUCUAGGUUUUUACCCCAGUAGGGAGGACUUUGAAUCAGUCAUACUUACAUCAUUAUUAUUGUUUAAAACUAAAAACAAAGGCUGUUUUUCAGAGACAAAUAUGAAGACCCUUGUUGGUGAAAAACAGCCAGAUAUAGUGUACAUACAGGUUCCCAGAGGAUGUGAUAGUGUAAUUUAGGAUUUGGAGACUUAAUAACCAGGGCUACCCAGGAAGUGACUUGAUGACAUAGUACCAUUAAAUAAGAUGCUCAGUUUGCUUUUGCCACUUUCAAAAUUUAACUUCUCAGGUUAUUAAUCAGAUUAUUGUAUAAGUUAGCCAGUAGUCUUUAGAUUAAAACAACAAAUGGGAGGUUUGUGGAGUGUCUCAUGUUAUGGGCAUUUUAGUAGCCCAGACCCUUUGUUCUUCAUUUGAAUGUUUAUAUAUUUUUGUUCCACAGUUAAUUUUCCUUCCCCAAGUUUGCUAUUCAAAUUAGAUAUUCAGAUGUCAUUGCUAGUAGGUUUAUUAAUUUUUUGUUUUUGUUUUUGGGUUUUUUUGUUUUUUGAGGUUUUGAUUCCUACACAGGUGUCUUCAUUGCCGUUACUUCUACACUGGGAAAAAAGCAAAACCCCUUUGUGAGAAUUACUGCACAUAUUUAUGGAGAUAAUAUUUCUAGAAGUCUAGAAUAAUACAGGUGAGCACAAGAAGUUGGUCAGCUUGACUAAGGAGUGCUGGCAAUAAUCUCUGAACAUUCCACAAGACUGAGCUGAACCUAGGCUUCCUUGGAAUCUGAACAGACAUAGGAACAUGGGAUUGCCAAUUGAAAACUGUGACCAUCUAGUAUGGACCUCAGAGAUAGAUCAGCCACGGUCUAACGCCAUUUCGAGUACAAAAAUGAAUUGGACUACAGCAAUAUAAAUUUGAACAUAGUAUAAUUUUUCCUUUUUCUUGUCUGAGUGUAUUUGUAAACUCAGCAGAAAUAACUUGACCUCAUGUCUGAUGCAGAGCUCACUGCAUUCCUCCUCCUCCCUUUGCUCCUUUUCCCUUGCCUAGGCAAUAGUGCAUAACUUAGUUCUUUUUGCUUCAGAGAUUUGAAGAAAAUCUUCAUGCCAUAAAUACAUUUUUUUUCUUCUGCAAGACACCUGUUUAUCCCCUUGUUUAAAUGUAAAUGUUCCCUUAUGCUUUUGAAAUAAAUUUCCUUUUGUAAUUUU